AUGGUUUCUGCUAGUUUAUUCUCAGCGUUACUUCUGGUCUCCAUCAUUCGAGAAUCAGCAGCAUUUUCCAGACCAAUCGGAGCUACCGAUGGGAUCUAUACUUUUACAGCCAAUUCAACCAGCUACAUGGGAUCAGCAAAUGUUACCAAACGUAAUCGUCUCAGAGACACGGGUGUGCAUUGUGAAACAAGCGUCUAUUUUUCGACGGCUGAUAUGGAUAAAGCAAUUGAAGGCCUUGCUCAGUUUUUUGGCACUGGGAAUUCCUUCUAUGCACGCAGUGUUUCAAGUUAUUAUGGAUCGGCUGUUGCAUUCGGCUGUAAUUAUGGAAAUGGACAACAUAUGGAUGCCGAAUUUUUCCGAAAUGAACAAAAUUUGAUUAAUACGAAAUGUGGAUCUGGUCGAGGUGGCUGGAAUGGUCAUGAAAGUUGGAAGUCAUCGUAUGGGCGGACAUCAGCAGCGAAAAGUUUUUGUUAA